AGAGAGAGGCAAGGAAAAAGGCAAUGUCAAAUUCAAGAAGAAGCCAAAGUAUUGAGAGGAUGUGGGUGCCUAUUUUGGCCGUGCUAUUGUCUGCCUCAGCUGCUUCACCUCAAUACAUAGUGCAGACACUUCCUGGGUUUCCUGGUAGACUUCCUUUUAAGCUUGAAACCGGGUACAUAAGUGUUGGUGAGGUCGAGUUCUUCUAUUACUUUGUGCAAUCUACUGGGAAUCCUGGAGCUGACCCUCUUAUACUUUUCAUGAAUGGAGGUCCUGGGUGUUCAGGGUUGAAUGCCUUCUUGUACCAGAUUGGUCCACUUAAAUUCAAUAUUACUGAUUACAUUGGGGGUCUCCCAUCAUUACUCUAUGAGCCAAAUGCCUGGACUAAGACAGCCAAUAUUAUAUUCAUAGACGCACCGGUAGGAGCAGGUUUCUCCUAUGCGAUGACUACAUCAGCAUACAAUUCCUCAGACUCAUUGAAUGUUGCACAAAUGCAAACCUUCUUAAGAAAUUGGUUGGCGGUUCAUCCAAGUUUCGAGACCAAUCCAGUGUUUGUUGGUAGUGAUUCUUAUGCUGGUAUAUAUCCUCCCAUGGUUGCUACAGCAAUUCUACGAGGGAAUGAAGCUGGAGUUAAACCAUAUGUUCAUCUUAAGGGAAUAAUACUAUCAUGUCCUCACACGGACACCAAUCUCGAAGCAAACGCAAGAAUUCCGUUUGCUCAUAGGUUGGCCCUCAUUUCAAAUGCACUUUAUCAGGCUUUAGAAAAAAAUUGUGGUGGGAAUUUUGUGGAUUCGACAAACGCGAACUGCAGUGAGGAUUUGACAGCGUACAAUGAGCUAAUUGAAUUGAUCAGCGAAACAAAUGUUCUUGACCCUGUUUGCACUUUCAUUUCAGCAAAACCGAAAGAAGCUUUCAAAAUAGCAAUAUCAAACCAAGAGAAGCACGGGAGGUCCCUCCAAGAUAUCACCAAGGAUCAUCUCAUUUCAUUACCGAGACUUCGCGAUCAUCAGUGCUCGUAUUUCGAAUAUCUACUCUCCGAUAUAUGGGGUAAUUAUCCAGGCGUACAAGAAGCUCUUCACGUGCGACCAGGAACCGUCAGCGAAUUUUUCAGGUGUAAUAUUUCCUUAGCCUACACCGAGGAUGUCACCAGUGUUCUCGAUUAUCAUAAGAAUCUCACCAAUCUGGGCAUGCAAGUUCUAGUUUUCGGGGGUGAUCAUGACAUGUUUACGCCGCAUAACGGCCUUGAAGAGUGGAUAAAAUGGCUUGAUCUGACGGUUGAUAUAGAUUGGCGACCGUGGUAUGUAGAUGGCCAAGUUGCGGGGUACACGAGGAGCUACGAACACAGCGGAUAUCGAUUGACUUAUGCAACAAUAAAGGGAGCUGGUCACUCGCCUACGGAAUCCAAACGCAGAGAAUGUUACAAGAUGUUUAACAGAUGGAUUCAUUAUCAUCCUCUGUAGAUCUACGCGUUUAAGAGUGGGUGCUAGAAUAAAAUUAUGUUCCUAAAUUAUGAGGAAAACUUUAUUCACCAGUUAUGGCCAAUCAAUGUCAAAAUGACCUAGUAGACAUGUAUUGGAACAUAAAGUAUGCAGUUUCUGUAUCAACUGAAGGAACAUGCAAUUAUUUGUAUUUAGAACUUAAACCGGUGGUCAUCGC